UAUAGCAGGGUUUCCGCUUGCCUGCGGCCCAGAGGGACUUCGCGCCACAGCUCUACAGGUUUUCACUCUGGUCCGCGAGCGGUGCCUAUAAGGAGGAGUUCCUGUCACUGCUGGUGCAUUACUGGUCACCCAGCUCUUGGAAAUGUCUGGUCGCGGCAAAGGCGGGAAGGGCCUCGGGAAGGGCGGCGCCAAGCGCCACCGCAAGGUGCUGCGCGACAACAUCCAGGGCAUCACCAAGCCCGCCAUCCGGCGCCUGGCGCGGCGCGGCGGCGUCAAGCGCAUCUCCGGGCUCAUCUACGAGGAGACCCGCGGGGUGCUCAAGGUGUUCCUGGAGAACGUGAUCCGCGACGCCGUCACCUACACGGAGCACGCCAAGCGCAAGACGGUCACGGCCAUGGACGUGGUCUACGCGCUCAAGCGCCAGGGCCGCACCCUCUACGGCUUCGGCGGCUGAGCCCCCGCGUCCACCAGCCGCGUCUGUUCCCCCCAAAGGCCCUUUUUAGG